ACAGAACAGAAGAGCGCUUUGUCCCCAGGGAAAGAAGCUAUUUCAGACUUAACUAAGGAAUCAUCUAACAUGUUUCAACAAUCCCUACUGUUUCUCUGUUUGUUUUAAAGAUAUCACUGUGAUUUUGUUUCAUUUGCAACUGGAGACUAAAUGACACCAAGCAGAAUCUGCUGUUAGGUUAGAUUACAAGGAUACUUUGAGACACACUAAAACAUGCAGGCUACAUCAUUAGUCCAUUAUUUCCUGCUUGUGUCUCUGUGCAUUGAUUUUUGUCAAAAUGAAACCAGUGCACCUCUCCGGAGGCCAAGGAGAAGAAUGCGCUCCCGAGGACUGAGAAGGGGCAACUCUGCAGGGCACAGGUCCCCCAGACAGCCAAGGACGAAGCUGCCAGCUCCUGUUGCUGUAGGACCCAGCAUACCUCUUAUUAAUAUUGAUGACAGUGUUAUGGGAGUGUUUGACUCUCUCAUAGGUGUGGGAGGACAAGAAUCUAGUUACAGUGUCUUACCAGGAAAGAAUGGGCACUGCACAGCUAAUGGGAUGAUUCUGUAUGAUAAAGCCGUCUGGUCUCCCAAGCCCUGCAUUACCUGUCUCUGUUCAAAAGGAGAAGUGAUAUGUGAUACAACCAUGUGCCACCCUCUGAAAUGUCCCCAAACUAUGAUACCUGCUGGAGAAUGCUGCCCAGUUUGUUCUGAUACUGCCUCCUCUUUGGAUUCAAGUAUUAUUUCACUGGAUGACAUAAGUGAGUUGUCUGGUGAUUCUCCAGAACCCAGUGACCUUGACAACACCAAUGUAUUGUCAUCAGCACCUACUCAAACUGAAAAAGAUGAACUGCUUAGAACAGAAGUGGUAGACUUUAAAGAGAAAGAGGGUCGUAAAAAGGGUGAAAAGAAAAGAAAAAGGAAAGGCAAAAGAAAUCGACAGAAGUUUAAAGCCUAUCGCAGAGGAAAGAAACCUGUGACAAGAAAGGGAGCUGCAGAAGAAGAAAUACAGUAUGAAAGUGAUGAAGAUGACGGUACUUUCAGAAUGCCAUCUCAUUUCCCCAUUCCUGUUCCACCCAUAGAAGCUCCUCCUUUGCCAGCUGGAUGUUCCACCUCUGACACCACAGUAAGCUGUAUUAAUGCCAAACUUACACAAAUACCACCAAUCUCAGAUCCAGAUCUAACUAGUCUAGACCUUACAGGAAAUAGCAUCACUACUAUCUCAGAUGAAGCAUUCAAUGGGAUACCUAAUUUGGAAUGGAUUGAUCUGAGUAAAAAUAAUAUUACAUCUCCUGGAAUAGGUCCACAAGCAUUCAAGAUCCUGAAGAAGCUAAAACGUUUGUAUUUGGAUGGAAAUAUGCUGGUACAUAUUCCCUCUGAAUUGCCAUCAACUUUGGAAGAAAUAAAAAUAAAUGACAACCACCUUCAUGCCAUUGAUGAAGAUGGCUUACAAGAUUUAAAGAACUUGGUCACCUUGGAAUUAGAAGGAAAUAAACUUAGUGAAGCAAAUGUCAGUCCUUUGGCCUUUUAUCCUUUGAAAAGUCUCUCCUAUUUGCGACUGGGAAGAAAUAAAUUUAGAAUUAUCCCACAAGGUCUUCCUGCCACUCUUGAGGAGUUAUACCUUGAAAACAACCAAAUUGAAGAAGUGUCAGAAAUUUGCUUUAAUCAUACAAGAAACAUAAAUGUCAUUGUGUUAAAGCAUAACAAAUUAGAAGAGCACAGAAUAGCACCUUUGGCUUGGAUAAACCAAGAGAACUUGGAAUCAAUUGAUCUCUCCUAUAAUAAGUUAUAUCAUGUUCCUUCCUAUCUGCCAAAAUCUUUACUACAUCUGAUACUUAUAGGAAAUCAGAUUGAAAGAAUUCCAGGAUAUGUCUUUGGUCACAUGAAGCCAGGGCUGGAGUAUCUCUACCUGUCCUUUAACAAACUCACUGAUGAUGGAAUAGAUCCAGUAUCAUUUUUUGGAGCAUAUCACUCUCUGAGAGAGCUGUUUUUGGAUCACAAUGAAUUAAAGUCUGUACCAUUUGGAAUUGAUGAAAUGAGAAAAUUACGUUUUCUAAGACUGAACAAUAACAAAAUAAGGACAGUCCCUCCAGAACGCAUCUGCAGGACUCAUACCAAUGAUGAUGAUGUUCAUGAGAACAGUGAAGAGGAGGAGAAUGAAGAGUCACGCUUGGAACAUGUUCAUCUUGAAAACAACUAUAUCAAUACAAGACAGCUAUCACCACAUGCAUUUUCAUGCAUAAGAUCCUACUGCAGUGUGGUUCUUAAGCCACAGAAAACCAAAUAAACACCCCACUUCUGCACUGCAAUCCCUAUCUCUAGAAACACAGCUUUAUUUAUUCCCUGCUACUAACAAGUCUGCUUACUUCUGAUUUAAACCCUUCUUACUGCUUAAAUAAGAUACGGUAUAUUAUAUACUGAAGGUAGUAGUGUAUUUCUUAACGUUGUUUCAUUAUAAAAACAUUAAAUGUAAAAACAAAAGCUCAAAAUUAUGUCAUAAUUCAGGAUUAAGUCAUCACUCUACUUAAACACAAUAGAUCAAACAGUGCCUCCAGAUAUACCUCAAGAAUUUGGAAUGUAGGAUUUUAGAAAGGAAUAUAAACUAAAUCCUCAAACUGGUCCUGUCAUACCUAACUGAAUUGAAAACUUUUUGAAUGGUACCAUCAGCUUUAAGAAUGAUACAAAUAAAAGUCCUUCAGCCUUGCUACAUUCUAGCAGUGCAAGGAUCAAAUUUAAACUAUAAAUGGUACUGAAUUUUCUACCAAGAAUUUUGCAGUGAUAAAUUCUUUAACUGAAAUUUCACAGGAAAAAACAUGUUAAAUUGUUUGUUUUCGAGAGAUGACCCUAAAACCUCAUCAGAUUCUGUGUUUGAAUAGAGGAAGCUAGAGGAAUACACAAUUAAUUUCUAUAUGAUUUUUUUUUUUUUGAUUUUUUUUUUUUUAAAGAGAGGUAGGUCCCAUUCAGUUGUACAAUAGUUAGGUUUGUUAGCUUUUUACACUGUAGAGGAUCAGGAUCAUGUUGCCCAUUUAGGGGACUAAAUGGACUUUGUCAAAACUAUAAAAUAUUGAGUUAGUGGUUAUUUGAAAGCUUCUAGAGAGUCACAGAUCACCACUUCAGGGACAAUGUUGAUAAAGCAGUUUCAGUAAUACAUGAAGGUUGGAUCAGAUGACCCUCGACAUCCCUUCCAACCUGGUAUUCUACAAUUCUCUGAUUUGAUACGAAUGCCUGCUUAGGCAUACAAUAGUAAGUGUUUACAAACCAAUUUUUGUUUCCCUAGAAAGGAGUUCAGUCUCUUGAAGAAAAGAAGCAUUAUUAACACUCCACUCCAGUUUUUAAUAUUAUUUCCUAAAGUGCCAAAAUUUUGAUUAAAAGUAGUUACUAUUUCUAUUUUAAAUAAUUUCAAUAAAAAUUGAAAGUAAUUCUCACAUAUUUCAUAUUUCUUGAUUCCUGCAGUCCUUUCCUAUAAGAGUAAGGUGGUGGUAGGAAAUGAUUACAGAUCACUGGCAAGUCAAUAUCCUUCACGCAAAUACUUUCCGCUUUCUCCUGGGCCAUUCUGUGAUGUAUAAUAUAAUAUACACUCUAUUUUCUUCAGUGCUGUAGCUAUGCUGCUUAACCAUUUCUUCUCCAGAAUGGACCAGAACAAAGGAUGAAAUGGCUUAAUAAAGGGUUUGACUUUUUUAAAGGCAUAUAACAGCUGUAAGCAACUGCACACCCUAACUUAUAAAGACAUUAACUACUGAACUGUAACUUUAUUGCCCUCACUCUGGAAGCGCAGGUUUCACCUUGCGUAUCCCACACAUCCCAAUCUACUGCCAACAGACAUGUCACAUAAUGAGGAUGCGCACUCUGUUCACACAACAUUUAACAGUGAAGGAUCUUCACACAAUUUUUUAGCCUAUAAUAGACAGCAUAUAUGAACACGUGAAUAUUGUUUUCUCUGAAACUGUACAAUCAUG